AUGACGACGCAGUUCGACAACGUCUAUCACGGCGCGGGUACCUCUCUCGGCAAGAUCCGCUUCUCGAAUGCGGGUCUGGGAUGGAAACCGUUGGACGAAGGUUCCACGGUGACGAUUCCCGCUGACCAAAUUGUAGGAUUUUCGUGGUGCCGUGUGGCGCGCAACUUCCAGCUGCGCAUUGAGUUGAAGGGUGAUGACAAGGAUGAGGAGAGCCACUUUGCCUCGUUCGAAAACUUUCAGCGCGAUGAUCAAGAGCGCCUUGCCGAGGUCUUGCAGGAGUGCUACGACAAGAAGCUAGAGGUCGUCGAGGUGUCUGUCCGUGGCUGGAACUGGGGCUCGGCAGAGGUGGAUGACAGGGAUAUGAAGUUCCUGGUGCGGAAUAAGCUUGCGUUCUCGCUUCCGCUGUCCAACAUUGCCAACAGCAACAUUGCGGGUCGCACCGAGGUCUCCAUGGAAUUCCUCAACCCAAAGGAACAGCAGCCUGAGCAGAACACCGGUGCGUCAUCCAACGCAGGCGGUCUUCCGUUCAAUGGGCCCAAGAAAAACCGUCCGGACCAGCUGGUUGAGAUGCGGCUUUACAUUCCGGGCCAGAUCGAGAAGGAGGAGGAAGAGAAGGGAUCUGGCGACGAAGAGGAGGAGGAAGAGGAGGAGGAAGAAGAGAGCGCAGCUGCUGCAUUCCACAAUGCGAUCAAGGCCAAGGCCGAUAUUGGUCAGGUGGCUGGCGACGGUAUUCUUGUCCUCAAGGAGGUCCUGGUGCUUACGCCCCGUGGCCGCUACGAUAUCGACCUCUUCCCUCAGUUCUUGCGGUUGCGCGGUAAGACGUACGACUAUAAGAUUCUCUACUCGUCCAUCACGCAACUCUUCUUGCUGCCGAAGCCUGACGAUAUCCAUGUGCUAUUUGUCAUCGCACUGGAGCCGCCGAUCCGCCAAGGUCAGACGCGCUACCCUUACCUCGUCUUGCAAUUCCCUCGUGAGGAAGAGAUGGAUGCUGAGCUCAACCUUGAUGAGGAAACGAUCCAGACCAAGUACGAAGGCAAACUGAAAAAGCGCUACGAAGAGCCAACCUUCCGCAUCGUCACCAACCUCUUCCGUGUGCUCUCGCAGCAGAAGGUCAACGUUCCCACUGGUUUCACCAGCAGCACUGGCCAAGAGAGCGUGCGUUGUAAUGUCAAGGCCAACGAUGGUACUCUCUACCCGUUGAACAAGAGCCUGAUUUGGGUGUCGAAGCAGACGAUUCUUGUGCCCUACAGCGAUAUCCACCAGCUUGUAUUUAGCCGUGUGGGUGGUGCUGUGGCAUCGGCCAAGACAUUUGAUUUGCGUGUGGCUACGCGCCACGGAGGCGACCACACUUUCCAGUCCAUCAGCCGCGAGGAGUUCGACUCUCUGAACAAUUUCUUUGCAGAGCGCAAGAUCCGCAUCAAGAACGAGCUCGCAGACGAGGCAAGCGGUAUGGGUACCGCUGUAGACGAGCUUCUGGGCGAUGAUGACGACGCCAAGCCACUUCCGGGCGAUGACGAUGACGACGACGAAGAAGACGACGAAGACUUCGAGGAGGAGUCCGACGACGAUGGCGGAAGUCCUUCGGAGGCAUCCAGUGGCGAGGACGACGAAGAGUUUGCGGCACCGUCCGAGGACGAGAAGCCCAAGGUCAAGAAGCAAAAGACAUAG